ACCUGAGACGUCAUAUUCCCGCGACAGCCUGAUGCUGCGCCAUGGUUUCCAGGUUAGAAAUCAAUUUUAUCCGGUUGCUGUCUCGGUGUGAAUCUAUCGCCUCGGAGAAACGAGAGGAGACAGAAUGGAGGCUGGGAAAGUAUGUUGGCGCCUUGGAGGAAAUGUUGGUGGCUCUGAGGAAAUGUCCGAGCAAACCAACACCAGAAGUGUUGACUGAAUACACCCGAAAAGUAGAUUUUAUGAAAGGACUCCUGGAGGCAGAAAAACUGUCCUCACCAGCAGAAAAAGCUUUAGCCAAUCAGUUCUUGGCUCCUGGUCGAACACCCACAAUAGCCAACGAGAGAAUGCCAGCCACCAAAACCGUCCACAUGCAGACCAAAGCCCGCUGCACAGGAGAGAUGAGGAACGAGCUCCUCGGCACGGGCUCAUCACACAAAGGCACAUUAGAAACUGACUUGCGAAACAGAAGAGGUGUGCCUCUGGAUGAGCGUCAGUCUGCUGCAGAGUUGGAUGCAGUCCUCCACCACCACAAUCUGCAGGAGAAGAUUGCAGAGGACAUGCUCAACCUGGCCAGGAAUUUAAAGAACAACACUCUAGCAGUGCAGAAUAUCAUCAAACAGGACAAUCAGACUCUGAGCCACUCGAUGCGUCAGGCGGACAUGAACUUCGAGAAGCUGAAGACUGAAUCGGAGCGAUUGGAGCAGCACACCAAGAAGUCUGUCAACUGGUUCUUGUGGCUGAUGCUCAUCUCUGUCUCCUUCAUGUUUAUCAGCAUGAUCCUCUUCAUCAGACUCUUCCCCAGACUCAGAUGACGAUCGAGCACGAGGCGGAGCCCUCAAAUCUAUACCUUCAGCCUCCGCAGAACUCUGUGUCUGCGUAGAGAGAGAGUCCAGUUUACAUCUUGGAAAAUUAAACAGUAAAAUCACUACAUGAGCUGUCAGAAA